AUGACCGUCACAAAAGCUACCCAGACGACUAAUGAGGCAUUUGUACUGCAUCCCGGAGGCACAUUUGCUUUCGAAGAACGCAGCGUACCCACACUCCAGUCAGACCGAGAUGUCAUAGUCCGAGUAAUGGCAACAGGUCUCUGUGGUUCAGAUGUACACUACUGGCAACACGGCCGGAUAGGGCCAUACGUCGUCGAAAACCCCAUAAUCCUAGGCCACGAGUCAACAGGAAUCGUGGUAGAGAGCGGAAGCAGUGUUCAAGGCCUCACCGUCGGAGACCGAGUCGCCCUCGAGCCCGGCAUCGCCUGCAACACCUGCAAUCAUUGUCGCAACGGCCGCUACAACCUCUGUCGGGGAAUGCGCUUUGCCGCAACCCCACCGUACGACGGAACCCUCGCCACCUACUACCGCGUACCUGCAGAAUGCUGUUUCAAGCUCCCAGCCCACAUCUCCCUGCGCGACGGUACCCUGAUUGAACCUCUUAGCGUGGCUGUGCACAGCUGCCAAUUGGCAGGGUUCAUGCAGGAUAAAGCAGUGGUUAUUUUCGGAGCUGGGCCUGUUGGAUUGCUCUGCUGCGCUGUUGCGCGCGCUUUCGGUGCCUCAACGGUUGUCGCUGUGGAUGUUGUCCCAGCUCGGCUUGCUUCCGCGGUCAAAUAUGGUGCUACGCACACAUACCAGAUGAGCACCGAGACGCCGGAGAAGAAUGCGCUGGAUUUGUUGGCCGCUGUUGGUUUCCCUGAUGGUGUUGAUGUUGCUCUGGAUGCAACUGGUGCUGAGCCUUGCCAGAACUGUGGUAUUCAUGCCCUCACGCAGGGUGGGACUUUCAUUCAAGUCGGCUUGGGAAAACCAAACCCAUCGAUUCCGGUUGGUCAGAUCUGCGACAAGGAGAUUGUUUUCAAGGGAAGCUUCCGGUAUGGGCCUGGAGACUUCAAGUUGGCCGUUGGAUUGCUGAACUCGGGCCGAGUCAAGCUGGAUGAUCUCGUCACUCAUGAGUAUCCUUUCAGUCAGGCUGAGGACGCUUUCAAAAAUGUCGCCGGUCGGGGUGGAAUUAAGAGUGUGAUUUAUGGCCCACAUGUCGACGAGGAAGAGGCAAAAUCAACCUAG